AUGACCGUGGAGAAACAGCUUGUCACUGCCGCUACCGCAGCUUCCAUAGCCGCCCUGACCGCAUGUGUCAUCGUACUUCCUGGUCUCUACAGAGAUCUCGUCGAAAUUCAUGGCCUGGUAAUGGAUACAGUAGCAGCAUUUCGUCUCGAGACCGAUUCGGCAUGGAACGAAAUGAGGAUCAUACAUGCUCGAUUGUUGCCACCCUCAAGACCUCACCGGAAUCCGUUCACCUCCAUAUUCCGAUCCAAGAAACAUUCGCUACCAGCAUGGUGCAUCUGUGAACCGAUGAAAAUCGAUUGUCCUCCAGGACCUGUUGGACCUCCAGGACCAGCUGGACUGCCU